AUGGACAGCUCCUCAUGCCGGGAGCUGCGCUCUCUAUCCCGGGUUCCGAAAGGAGGAGGUCACAGACAUACUAGAAUAGUAGUUCACAUUAGGAUACGGUUUGCCCACGCUAUUAAAAAUAAUUAGGAAAUCAAAGAUAGUCCAUAUGUUUUUAACAGGCUAGUCUAUAUAGAUGUUUAACAAUAAUUGUAAGUCACUUCUGUUCAUAGCAGUAUGACAACGCAUUCACAAAUACCAGAGGUUAUGUAUAGUAGAUUCCGGGCUAUUUUGAAUAGCUUCUAAUUAUGAAUCCAAUUGUGUUCUUUGUUUUGCCUCUAACCUAUCCGUGCUCACUAACACCAAUUUCCCCUCAUCAUGUCCUUGAGGCGGCAGCUGCACCCGCUGUAAGCGGUUAGCUACUGUAGCCAAUUGAAAAGCAUUGGCCGCCUGUGAUUGCAGUGCUUUCUCCUAUUGAUUGUGCGCGGAGUAAUGUGGACGAGCGUGGCACUUGUGUCUUGCAGUCAGUCCUACUGGUGGAGCCGAGUUGGGCUAGCCAUAGCGGGGUAACGGAGUCUGGUGCACAUGGAAGGAGGGACGCUUUUUGAUUCAGCGUCAGAUAACAUUUGAUCCAAAUCGACAAAAGGCCCAAUCGGAGAAGCUUGUUUUCUUAAUCAGAUCCGCUAGUUUCUCCACCACCAUCUUUGGGACGGAUAAGUCUCUCUCUCUCUCUCUCUCUCUCUCUCUCUCUCUCUCUCUCUCUCUCUCUCUCUCUCUCUCUCUCUCUCGCUCUCUCGCUCUCUCUCCCUCUCCCCCUCUCCCUCGCCUCUCCCAGUUGCAGAAAAUUGCUCGGCAGCCCUGUACGCAAUUGGUGCACUGUGAGCGACCAUCAUAAAUCUGGAGGAUUUUCAGCGUCCGCGGGGUUGCUUAUGAAUUUGCUUAGGCAGGCCCUUUUAAGGAGUUGAGUACACGGGUUGGCGAAAUUGAUAAAAUGGCACAAAACGUGGUUCUAUUUUUAUUGUGGCUUUCGGGCAGAUCACUCGCGGGAUUUCCCAAUCAGAUUAAUAUAGGUAAGUGGUGAGUAAAAUAAUUAAAAAAUCAUGAAAGAAUCAUUCUGGCUUUUACAAUUUUAUGGAUAAUGACCGUUCUUGGUUAUUUUCGGAGCAGGACCUUUAUUGGGUGUGUUAUGAAGUAGGCUAACUUGCUUUGCUUGCAGUAAGAAAUUGUGAACUUGCUCCGCCACUUUGAUUACAGAUGUUAAGAAAUUCAAUGUUAGCAAAAUGCUUGAAACAAACUACCACAUUGAAUGGAAAAUGUUGCAACUUCAUAAGGGUGAAAAUUGGAGGGAGCAAUUCCGCAGUAACAGAUUUCUGUAGACAGAAUGAUGAGGAGUAAAGGCGGAUAAUGUGUGAUCUCUUUCUCCUAAUUAAUUUGACGGACGAUCCUGCCUACAUGAUCAGUGGUGUUUGGUUUAACACUUGAGAUCCGUGUGUAAACAGAACGACGGGGUUCCUUGCAGUUGAAAAAUUGUUAUGUAAGCUACAUACAAGUCAAGUGCCACUGAAGUCGAUAUCUUCCUCAAGUUUUGCUCGACAGGCGGGAGGCUACCUUACACUCUUAGAUAAAAAGGUGCUAUCUAGAACCUAAAAGGGUUCUUCGGCUGUCCCCAUUGGAGAACCCUUUGAAGAACCCUUUUUGGUUCCAGGUAGAACCCUUUUGGGUUAAAUGUAGAACCCUUUCCACAGAGGGUUCUACAUGGAACCUGAAACGGUUCUACCUGGAAGCAAAAAGGGUUCUUCUUGGAACCAAAAAUAGUUAUCCUAUGGGGACACCCGAAGAACCCUUUUGGAACCCUUUUUUCUGUACCUACCAUCCGUGGGUUGGUUUUGGGGUUCCCUCCGGGCUCUAUAAAAAGAUGAGGCAGAGAGAGUUGGGUGUAAAUAAAAAUAACGGGAAACGGUAACCUAAGUUAAUUAUGUAUGUGUAUGUCUUCUAGGUGGUCUGUUCAUGCGGUCCACUGUGCAGGAGCACAGUGCAUUUAGGUUCGCUGUUCAGCUCUACAACACCAACCAGAACACUACGGAGAAACCCUUCCAUCUCAACUACAACGUAGACAACCUUGAGUCGUCCAACAGCUUCUCAGUCACCCAUGCAUGUAAGUACAGAGCUAUUUUCAAUUAAAAUCUACCUAUUCUCUGAAUAAGUCCAGAAUUCCCCCUUGAACACACAAGUGUGCAAACACACAAGUGUGCAAACGCAUGCACGCACACACGCAAGCACGCGCACACACACACCACACACACACACACACACACACACACACACACACACACACACACACACACACACACACACACACACACACACACACACACACACACACACACACACACACAUAUGACAUUCAUAUUAACAUAAUGAAUACAUGGUAUGAAAAUGCUCUUGCUUGGUCUGCUUUAGCUGCAGGCGUGUAGGCCUGCUGUAGAUAAGGCCAGAGUACAGAGGGUGGAGUGCAAGAGUGCCUUUAGAGAUGUCUCAAUGAAUCACUGUUGUUGCGCUACACCAGUGGUCAACAACCUUUUCUAGACAAGAUCACUUUCUGAGUCAAAAUGCAAGCCAAGAUCUACCUCUCAGAUAAAAAAAACAACAUUACUUAAAAAAACGUAUCAAGCCUAUGCAACAUUAACCAAUUAAAAACAGUUAUGUAGCAAUGAGGUUUGUGCAGUAGUCUAUAGGCCCAAUAUCACUGCAUAUUGGCUUUGCUUGAAUUGCCCUGGCAUUGUUGUUCUCAGACCAUUUUGAAAUGAUAUUUAAAGAAAUUAGGUAUAUGAUCACACUGGUAAUAGAUCAUUUGUUGUAUCACUGUGAGGCACAGCUGAGUGAGCAUAAUAAUUUGCUCUUUUUUUUUAAUGGACUGAUGUCCUGCAUCUGAUGGUCAGUCUGAGGGAAGGGAGGGAGGUUAUUUUGGUAUUUUGGUAUUUUAUUAGGAUCCCCAUUAGCUGUUGCAAAAGCAGAAGCUACUCUUCCUGGGGUCCACACAAAACAUGAAACAUGACAUAAUACACAACAUAAACAGACAAGGACAGAACUACAUCAUUUUAUUUUAAUUUUUUACGAAAGGCACACGUAGCCUACAUAUCAAUACAUACACACAAACCUUCUAGGUCGAAUAGGGUAGAGGCGUUGUGCCGUGAGGUGUUGCUUUAUUUGUUUUUUGAAACCAGGUUUGUUUUUCACUGGAGCAAUAUGAGAUGGAACGGAGUUCCAUGCUAUAAUGGUUCUAUAUAAUACUGUACGCUUUCUUGAAUUUGUUCUGGAUUUGGGGACUGUGAAAAGACCCCUGGUGGCAUGUCUGGUGGGGUAAGUGUGUGUGUCAGAGCUGUGUGUAAGUUGACUAUGCAAACAAUUUGGGAUUUUCAACACAUUAAUGUUUCUUAUAAAAAGUAGAAGUGAUGCAGUCAGUCUCUCCUCAACUCUUAACCAAGAGAGACUGGCAUGCAUAGUAUUUAUACCAGCCCUCUGAUUACAAUGAAGAGCAAGACGUGCCGCUCUGUUCUGGGCCAGCUGCAGCUUAACUAGGUCUUUCCUUGCAGCACUCGACCACAAUAAUCAAGAUAAGACAAAACUAGAGCCUGCAGGACUUACUUUUUGGAUUGUGGUGUCAAAAAAGCAGAGCAUCUCUUUAUUACGGACCUCUCCCCAUCUUUACAACCAUUGAAUCAAUAUGUUUUUACCAUGACAGUUUACAAUCUAAGGUAACGCCAAGUAAUUUAGUCUCCUCAACUUGUUCGAAAGCCACACAAUUCAUUACCAGAUUCAGCUGAGGUCUAGAACUUCGGGAAAUGAUUUGUGACAAAUACAAUGCUCUUAGUUUUAGAGAUGUUCAGGACAUUUACAUUUACAUCAUUUAGCAGACGCUCUUAUCCAGAGCGACUUACAAAUUGAGGACCAGUUUAUUACUGGCCACCCAUUCCAAAACAGACUGCAACUCUUUGUUAAGGGUUUCAGUGACUUCAUUAGCUAUGGUUGCUGAUGCGUAUAUGGUUAAAUCAUCAGCAUUCAUGGACACACAUGCUUUGUUUAAUGGCAGUGGCAGGUCAUUGGUAAAAAUAGAAAAGAGUAGAGGGCCUAGAGAGCUGCCCUGCAGUACACCACACUUUACAUGUUUGACAUUAGAGAAGCUUCCAUUAAAGAAAACCCUUUGAGUUCUAUUGGAUAGAUAGCUCUGAAUCCACUAUAUGGCAGAGGUUGAAAAGCCAUAACACAUACAUUUUCUCAACAACAGGUUAUGGUCAAUAAUAUCAAAGGCUGCACUGAAAUCUAACAGUACAGCUCCCACAAUCUUCUUAUUAUCAAUUUCUUUCAACCAAUCAUCAGUCAUUUGUGUCAGUGAAGUACAUGUUGAGAGCCCUUCUCUAUAUGCAUGCUGCAAGUCUCUUGUUAAUUUGUUUACAGAGAAAUAGCAUUGUAUUUGGUCAAACACAAUUUUUUCCAACAGUUUGCUAAGAGCUGGCAGCAAGCUUAUAGGUCUGCUGUUAGAACCAGUAAAGGCCGCUUUACCACUCUUGGGUAGCGGAAUGACUUUGGUUUCCCUCCAGGCCUGAGGACAAAGACUUUCCUCUAGGCUCAGAUUAAAGAUAUGACAGAUAGGAGUGGCUAUAGAGUCAGCUACCAUCCUCUGUAGCUUUCCAUCUAAGUUGUCAAUGCCAGGAGGUUUGUCAUUAAUUGAUCGAUAACAAUACUUUUUCCACCUCUCCCAUCCUAACUUUGCAAAAUUCAAACUUGCAAUGCUUUUCUUUCAUUUUUUUUUUAAUGCAUGAAUACGAUGGCUCACUGUUCGCAUUUCCUGUCUAAAUUUGCCCACUUUGCCAAUAAAAUAAUCAAUAACUUAAUUGGCAAUAUCAAAUGGUUUUGUGAUGAGUAAGCCAUCUGAUUCGAUGAAAGAUGGAGUUGAAUUUGUCUUUCUGCCCAUAAUUUCAUUUAAAGUACUCCAAAGUUUUUUUUCCCAUCAUUCUUUAUAUAAUUGAUCUUGGCUUCAUAAUACUGUUUCUUCUUCUUUUUGUUGAGUUUAGUUACAACAUUUCUCAAUUUGCAGUAAGUCAGCCAGUCAGAUGUGCAAACAAAGCAAGAGAAAAAAAUAUACAUUCAGCAGUCCAUUAAUCAAUUGGUGUGUGUGUGUGUGUGUGUGUGCUGCGUGGUUGAAGCUACGAACCUAUAGGCUUCGUUCUCUCAUCCCUUCCAGGUUUCUGGGAGGGAGGGUGGACAAUGAGCCUGUCAUAGCGGAUGUAAGCAAUGUCCCCACGCGCUCUGGCAGCUUUCAUGGCUGGGAUAAGUUCUUUCCUCUUCUGGCGCACAGCUUCAGGAUAGUCCUCAUUGAGUAAGAUAUACGUUUCUCUCAAGUUCUUGGCUCUUUCCAGAACAGCUACCUUGUCCUUGAACCUCAGGAACUUGACCACUGUGACAAAUACAAUGCUGGGCCUGUCACCUGGGCCGGUGGUGGGUUUUCUAGUCCUGUGGUGCACUCCACCUAAAUUUUCCUGUGGUCCAUCUUCAAUUUCUCAGAGAUCAUUUCCCUCACUUUGUCCUCCGUCCAGGUCUCAUGUGGAGAUUCUGCAAUUCCGUCCACAACCAUGUUGUUCCGCAUUGAUUGUCUCUCGAAAUGUAUCCGUCAUUGUUAUCAUGGAUUCACACACAGAACUGAUGUCCUCUUUCAAUGACUUACAGAUUGCUGUCAUCUUGCCGUUCUCCUGAUUCAACAUAUCGAGCUGACCCUGGGAGAACUGCAAACGGUUCUUCAGGUCCUGGACCUCUCUGGUCAGGUCGUCCAUAAUUGUAUUGUUGAAUCCACCAGUAUUUGGACAAAACACUUUAAGCUAUUUUCUUGUUGUUGUAACAACUGCUUGUAGAACUAUUUUUGUUCGUUUCAAAGAUCCUUCACCUGUGAUAGAGAGACACCACUGUCCUCAACGGUACUCCCGUUGAGGACAGUGGUGAGGCUGCCUCUCACCCGACUCAACAUCCCUUCGCUCUCCCUCCCUCCGCUGAGCAAAAGGGGACACAGUCUUCCAGCUGAUGGCGAAACUAAAGUCGCACUGCAUUAUUUCUGCCUCAUGCGCCAAUUCAUGUUGUUACUCCUAUGACCAGAGAAAGUGAAAUAUUCCUCGACAUUAAAAAAGACAAUGGCUUAUAAAAAUGUUGAACAAAGUGUUGACAGUGCUGAGUAACAACUGAAACAGGAACCUGCUCAUACAAACGGUAUUUUGCUGUAUUCGUUGUCUCUCUCUAGUCAAGGUUUUAAAAGUUUUGAAAUCUCACAGUAUCAACUUUGCUGUGCGCUCAAUAUUUCGUUUUACAGUCUAUGGCUCGAGGAAACUGUUCAGACACAGGGAUCUGAGCUCUCCGAUUGGCCAGCCGUAGGCCUAUAGGUCCACUCGAUUUGCUCUCUGGGCCUGCCGGGUAGGCAGAGUUCUACCUUCAGAUACAUGAAAUGGUUCAAAAUGGAAACACUUUGCCUCUCCGGCGCUGGGGCUGCUGAAUCAAGUGCAUCUAACAUCAACAGCACAAAAUUAUUUUAAAAAAAAUAGGAACGCAAGGCUUUAUCGUUGUUUAAAAAAAAAAGAAAUGUUUGGUGAUCGACUAGGAAUGCCUUGGAGAUCGACCAGUAGAUCGCAGUCAACCGUUUAGUGACCACUGCGCUACACUGAGGUAGAGAUGUCUCAAUGGUUCACUGUUGGUAGGCUGCAUGGUAUUAUUGAGGUAGAGAUGUCUCAGUGGUUCACUGUUGGUAGUCUGCAUGGUAUUAUUGAGGUAGAGAUGUCUCAAUGGUUCACUGUUGGUAGGCUGCAUGGUAUUAUUGAGGUAGAGAUGUCUCAAUGGUUCAUUGUUGGUAGGCUGCAUGGUAUUAUUGAGGUAGAGAUGUCUCAGUGGUUCAUUGUUGGUAGGCUGCAUGGUAUUAUUGAGGUAGAGAUGUCUCAAUGGUUCACUGUUGGUAGGCUGCAUGGUAUUAUUGAGGUAGAGAUGUCUCAAUGGUUCAUUGUUGGUAGGCUGCAUGGUAUUAUUGAGGUAGAGACGUCUCAAUGGUUCACUGUUGGUAGGCUGCAUGGUAUUAUUGAGGUAGAGAUGUCUCAAUGGUUCAUUGUUGGUAGGCUGCAUGGUAUUAUUGAGGUAGAGAUGUCUCAAUGGUUCAUUGUUGGUAGGCUGCAUGGUAUUAUUGAGGUAGAGAUGUCUCACUGGUUUAUUGUUGGUAGGCUGCAUGGUAUUAUUGAGGUAGAGAUGUCUCAAUGGUUCAUUGUUGGUAGUCUGCAUGGUAUUAUUGAGGUAGAGAUGUCUCAAUGGUUCUUUGUUGGUAGGCUGCAUGGUAUUAUUGAGGUAGAGAUGUCUCAAUGUCACGCCCUGGCUCUGGGGACUCUUUAAUGUUGAGCCAGGGUGUGUAGUGUCUAUGUUGUAUUUUCUAUGUUUCGUUCUAGUUCGUGUUUCCUAUGUUGGCCAGGGUGGUUCCCAAUCAGAGGCAGCUGAUUCUCGUUGUCUCUGAUUGGGAACCAUACUUAGGCAGCCUGUUUUGCACAGUUCAUUGUGGGAUCUUGAUCUGUAUAGGUUUGUGUUGGUGAACCUUUAGACUUCACGUAUCGUUUUGUUGUUUUGUUCAUGUGUUAAAGUACUCAUUAAAAGAUGCACGCCUAUCACGCUGCGCCUGGGUCCGGUUCUUACGACGAUCGUGACACUCAAUGGUUGAUUGUUGGUAGUCUGCAUGGUAUUAUUGAGGUAGAGAUGUCUCACUGGUUUAUUGUUGGUAGGCUGCAUGGUAUUACUGAGUUAAACAUCUCUGUAGUGAUUACAAACCAAGAUGUGCAUAUCAAAUGGCACCUUGUUCAUUUUGUACUGCGCUACUUUUGACCAGAGCCCAUCAAAAGUAAUGCACUAUAAAGGGAAAAGGGUGCCAUUUGGGAUAAGAGCCUGAGAAUACAAACCAAAUUCCAUUGGCAACAUCCUGAGGAGAAGACCAUGGAUGUAUGAUGAGGAUCGCGUGGUAUCGUUACAGUGAGAGAGAGGCUGUAUGGCCUUGGAAAGAAAAGACAAGAAAACAUCAACAAAUAUGCAACAACCAUGGAGCCAAGGAUUCAGUGUGGGUGGUUUCAGCGUGCUCCUUAACAGAUGUAAAUGGUUGGAUAAAACUGAGUUGGAUAAAAAACAUCAGAAUAGUGGUUUUAAUCUAGGUAGGAGUAUCGACUCUGAUAUGGGUAUCUCCAUAUUUAAAAAGCGUUUAAGAGUAGGAGUUGCCUUUCAGCUCAAAAUGAAUAAGAUAACAUGGACAGGGGGACCUAAACACCUGAUCCUAGAUUAGCACUCCUUCUCUGAGAUGCUUUACAGGCUCUGAUCAGAUGCAUACUUCCUUCCUAUAAGCUUUUCCACCUAAAUCACUGCACCACUGGAUAGAAAUCAAUACAGACUCCACUCUAUCAAUAACAUGCUUCUCCCUCCAUGCUGCUGUUAUAUGUAUCUCCUCUCAGUUUGGCCAAUGGCUUAUCCAUCCAGUCAUCCAUUCAAACUGCUCACUGCUCUGCUCUCUACUGUGUUCAAACUGCGCUCUGCUCUCUACUGUGUUCAAACUGCACUCUGCUCUCUACUGUGCCAUUGUUUGUUGUUGCUGGGGGUCGAUGUGUCAAAUUACCUCGUUUUAGGAUGCUGUAUAUUGUGCUCCUUGUGGCCUUGUUUUGAUCUGAUUACAGGAAACAUAAAGAAAGAGUCAUGAAAGGGAGAGGAGAGGAGAGGAGAGGAGAGGAGAGGAGAGGAGAGGAGAGGAGAGGAGAGGAGAGGAGAGGAGAGGAGAGGAGAGGAGAGGAGAGGAGAGGAGAGGAGAGGAGAGGAGAGGAGAGGAGAGGAGAGGAGAGGAGAGAGGAGGGGGAAGAGGAGGAGAGGAGAGGGGAGGGAUAGAGAGGGGAGGGAUAGAGAGGAGAGGGGAAGAGAGAAGAGGAGAAGAGAGGGGAGGGGAAGAGAGGAGAGGGGAAGAGAGGAGAGGGGAGGGAAAUAGAGGAGAGGGGAAGAGGAGAGGGGAGGGGAGUGGAGGGAGAGGAGGGGGGAAGAGAGGAGAUGGGAGGGAGAGAGAGGGGAGGGUAGAGGAGGAGAGGGGAAGAGGAGCAAGAGAGGGGAGGGGAAGAGACGAGUGGAGGGAAGAGAGGAGAGGGGAGGGAAAGAGAGAGGGAAAGAGAGGAAGAGGGGAAAGAGGAGAUGGGAGGGGAGUGGAGGGGGAGGAGAGGAGAGGGAAAGAGAUGAGAGGGGAAGAGAGAAGAGGAAAGGAGAGGAGAGAAGAGGAGAGGAGAGGAGAGGAGAGGAAAGGAAAGGCGAGGAGAGGCGAGGAGAGGGAAAGGAGAGGAGAGGAGAGUGGAAGAGAGGAGACAGAGGGGAGGGGGGAGGAGAGGAUAGGGAAAGAUAGGGGAAGAAAGGAGAGGAAAUGA